AUGUCUUCGCAUACUGAUAAUUCCGGUCGGAUAAGAGCCCGACAGCGGGCCAAAAGAGCAUGUGAAAUGUGCAAGUUGCGAAAGCGGAAAUGCGACGGUCAUGAGCCAUGCACUUGCUGUAUACGAUACGAGUAUCAAUGCAGCUUCAAGCCCUCUGCACGGGAGAAAACGACCGUCUCUAAGUCCUCGACACUGUGCGACGAACCGGAAGUACAAAAGCUUUCCGAACGAGCUGGUGCUAACCAAGCACACAUGGAAGCCAAUUCAGGCACUGCUUUCCCUCAUCUCCUGGGUAUGAAAAUGAAUCCACAGGGCGCACCUAAGGUGCACGGCUUUAGCUGGAAUUUGGGUCUACGGGAUGAACCCCUGGAGCCCUCUACCAAUAUGACAGAUCUGAUCUCAAGGGAUGAGAUGGAAGACCUGGCCAACCAUUAUUUGAAGAAGAUACAUCCUGUGUAUGGGGUCCUGGACUCUGAAGAUUUACGGCAAAGGAUUGGCAAUAGGUGGCAUGAUCCUACGACCAUAGCUUCUUAUGACUCUAUUCUCUGUGGUGUGGCGGCAUUAGGCUCCUUGUACUCGGGCCAGAAACAACAUCCCAAGGAAAUCGCACUGGUACAAUGUGCGAAGGAACAACUCGAAACAACCAAAACUUCAAAAACAAUUCUCCUUCAUCAUGCGAGUGCUUGGAUAUUACGAACGAUAUAUCUCAGGUCCACUAAUUGCCCUCAUGCGUCGUGGAUGGCCAGUUGUUCCACGAUGCACAUCAUCGAGGCCAUCGGAGCUCAUCAAGACCCCGAACUGGCAUCCUUAGUGUAUUCUGACACUGCAGACAUCAGUUUCAAUGAAGAAACCCGCCGCCGACUCUUUUGGGUAGCCACGGUUUUAAAUUCGUGGAUUUCCUAUGAGUACGGCCGAUCGCGCGUGACCCCACGAGGUGUCUCCUGCAAGCUCCCCUUACCUCGAAAGGACGACUUUACCACAGACCUCAUAAGCCUAUAUCAAAUCUCCGAAGGGCUCGACCCAGACCGUGACAAUAAAGCUUCUGCCUUCGAAGAGGCUCUGGCCCGCGUUGAGGGCCUUGCACUAUCCCACGAUGCUUUGAUCCUUUCCCAAAGUAAUUUGGCGCUCACGAUAUACCGUCGGCUGCGAAUUUUGUCUGUGAAUAUAUCGAAUGACGUUCUUGCCCGCGUUAUGCGAUUUGGGAACCAGGGUCUUGAUGCCGCAACAAGACUAGCCGAAGAUCGCUGUCCGUGGUGGCAUGUUGCCAACCUACCAUUUCAAUUUAUCUGUAUCCUGCUGGCUAUUGAUACAAGGGAGUCGCUGUCACAUAUUGGUCCUGCGCUAUGCUCGUUCAGGGCUAUCACCAGGCAUUACAAUACACCUACUAUCCACACGGCACUGGAGACAAUAGAGUCGCUAGUUUGUCUUUUCCAAACCAAAAAAGAACGGGACUCGAUUAUUCUCAGAGACAGUUUGCAACAAAGAGAUGGAGGACCGACUGAGCCAAGUUCCACUACUCCCCAAGCCUUGGACGUUGCUUCUUGGCUGGGAGCGACCGAAAACUUGUCUCUACCUGAUGAAUUUGACUGGGACUGGAAUGAAUUUCUAGAGACACAAAUUCCUGGUUUUGGCUAA